AUUUAUGCAGACUUCGGGGAAUUUCCUGGCGUUAUUGUUAGAUCAUGCUGAGCGAUUCUUCAUGGCAGAUGGGAAUUGCUUGCUUCCUUGGCGAGGCAUUGAGGCAAUAGGCAGCUAAUUUGAUAAAUGCUAUCACCAGAAUUCAGUGCUAUCAAGGUGCUGUAGCGUGGUUACAUCUGACAAAGAGCUGCAUCUUUCCUUUGAUUCGGUGUUUUUUUCGCACGGCCACGGCAAUCCAUUCGCUGGAGGAAUAGCAAUCAAGAGUAGCGUGAUCAUGGAGCAUGUGGUUGCAGGGAAGUUUAGGCUUGGGAGGAAGAUUGGGAGUGGGUCAUUUGGGGAGCUCUACCUUGGUAUCAAUAUACAGAACGGAGAGGAGGUGGGAAUAAAGUUGGAACCUGUGAAAUCCAAGCACCCACAGCUGCACUAUGAAUCCAAAGUUUACAUGCUGAUGCAGGGUGGAACUGGCAUCCCACAUCUGAAGUGGUAUGGUGUCGAGGGAGAGUACAAUGUUAUGGUCAUCGAUCUUCUUGGCCCAAGCUUGGAGGAUUUGUUCAACUCCUGCAACAGGAAAUUUACGAUGAAAACAGUCCUUAUGCUUGCUGAUCAACUAAUAACCCGGGUGGAAUAUAUGCACUCCAAGGGAUUUCUUCACCGUGAUAUUAAGCCAGACAACUUCCUUAUGGGCUUAGGCCGGAAAGCCAAUCAGGUAUAUAUAAUUGAUUAUGGGCUUGCUAAGAAAUACAAGGAUCUCCAGACUCAUAAACACAUCCCCUACAGGGAGAACAAAAAUCUGACAGGAACAGCACGCUAUGCUAGUGUGAAUACUCAUCUUGGAAUAGAACAAAGCAGAAGAGAUGAUCUGGAGUCGGUUGGCUAUCUUCUACUGUACUUUUUGAGAGGAAGUCUACCAUGGCAGGGUCUCAAAGCUGGCACUAAGAAACAGAAGUAUGAUAGAAUUAGUGAAAAGAAAAUGCUUACUCCAGCAGAGGUUCUGUGCAAAUCUUAUCCAUCGGAGUUCAUCUCAUAUUUCCACUAUUGUCGCUCUCUGCGAUUCGAAGACAGACCAGAUUACUCUUAUUUGAAGAAACUCUUUCGGGAUGUAUUUGUUCGUGAAGGAUAUCAAUUUGAUUAUGUAUUUGACUGGACCGCGAUCAAGUAUCCUCAUAUGAGUUCCAGUAACAAGCUUGUUCGACAACCGAGUGGAAGAAUGGCUGGAGUUGGGGCAUCCGCCGACAGAACAGAUAGAUCUUCAGGUUUGCCUUGUGGACAAGAGAUCCGAGAUAGAUUCACUGGUGCUGUGGAGGCAUUUGCCAGAAGAAACUCAGGCUCCGGUCGGCAGGGAGACCAUUCCAGGCACAAAAGCCUCGCGGAGUCCUUCACUUCAUCUAAAGAAGCUGUUGCUGCUGAGUCGGAGAGAACGGGCAUCUUGUCCCGGACCGGUAGCUCGUCCAAGAUGGCCAUCACGCCAUCCAGCCGUCCGACCUCCUCAGGAGACUGCACGGGGCGGUUGUUCUCGGGCAGCGGCAGCGGCAGCGGCAGCAGCAGCCGCCCAUCGCCGUCCAACGUCCAAAGGCUCCACCACUCUGGAGGUAGCGGCACAGAAAACGGCUCGUCGUCCCCUGUCGCCCGGAACUCGCAGGGAAGAACCGGCCGACGGGACAGCCACGCGGCGCUCCGGAGCUUCGAGCGCCUCACGAUCAGCGGGGAGAGGAGGAAGUGAUGGAUCGACAAGUGCCAAAGGCUUCAUCAGCCUUCCAUCGCCCAUCGGACGAUGACAUGAAGGACAUAGUGGCCAGGAAGGGGCGGUGACCUGGUUACCAUGCAUAUAUGCCUUCUCCAAACUCCAAAUGAGAUGUUGCGAUAUAAGAUGAUGUACUCGAAGUAUGUAACUAAUUCUUUUUCAAGGCAAAACAUCGGCUUCUCUUGUUUCAGUUUAGGACUUUGAAUCAUAUAUAGGAACGUUCUUCAAUGGAUUGAUCUUCUGUUAUCAUACUUUCAUAUGAUUCUCGGUAUUCAAACAAACUUCAUUUUUGCA